UGCAAGCGCCGAGCACGUGCCGCGCGCUCACGUGGUGCCACCGAGCGCGCGUCCGUCGUGCCGGUCCGUAUGAAUAAUUGUGUACGGAGUGAAUGAAUCGAUGCGCGGCGCGGGAGCGGGAGCGGCGGAGCGGGGCGGCUGCGUGGAGGGGUGCGCCGCGGCGCGCCAGUCUCGUGCCGGUAGUCGGUAGGUCAACCGAGCGACUCCGGGAGCCGUCCCCGCCGCGCCGUCGCUCGCUCGUAGUCGUAGUGCGCCCGCCCCACGCCGGCCCACGAGUCCAUGGAAACCCAGAAUCAGGAUGCGGCACACAGCCCCGCUGAAGUGCCGAACGACCCCGGGAAGAUGUUCGUCGGAGGACUCAGCUGGCAGACUAGUCCAGAAAGCCUUCGAGAUUACUUUAGCAAAUUCGGCGAAAUCACAGAAGUUAUGGUUAUGAAAGAUCCAACAACGAGACGGUCGAGGGGUUUUGGCUUUAUCACAUUCGGAGACCCUGGUAGUGUAGAUAAAGUAUUAGCGCAAGGAACACACGAAUUAGACGGCAAAAAGAUUGAUCCUAAAGUGGCCUUUCCCAGAAGAGCACAUCCAAAGAUGGUGACCAGGACAAAGAAAAUCUUCGUAGGAGGAUUAUCAGCACCCACAACGCUGGAAGACGUAAAGAAUUACUUCGAACAGUUUGGCCCGAUCGAGGACGCCAUGUUAAUGUUCGACAAACAAACCAAUAGGCACAGAGGUUUCGGUUUCGUCACGUUUCAAAGUGAAGACAUAGUAGAUAAAGUGUGCGAAAUACAUUUUCACGAAAUCAACAACAAAAUGGUGGAAUGCAAGAAAGCACAACCUAAAGAAGUUAUGCUACCAGCGAAUCUGGCGAAGACGAGAGCCGCCGGUCGCGGCGCGUACGAUUUCAUGUGGUCAUUGGGUGCUCUUCCUGACGGUUUCCCCGCAGCAUACGCCGCCUACGCGGCAGGACGGAGCUAUUCGGGCUAUCCUAGCUUCGGGCUGCCAUACCCUGCAGUUGACCUGACCAACGGCCAACUGACACCGAACAACAACACACCGCUGCUCGCGCAGGCGCUCUCAGUGAUGAACAACUAUCAAGCGGCAGCCGCCGGGUUCGGGCCGCCAGCCUCCCCCCACGCCGCCAGCGGCCGCGCCGGCUUCCCCGCCGCCAGCUCGCCCGGGCCCGCGCUGGACGUGUACGGCUCGGCCGCGGAUAGCGUCGGCUACGUACAGGCGGCCAGCCCCCAGCCCUCUGGAUUCCCCGCGAUCGCAGUCAGCCGCGCGCCCCUCAAUUACACCCCGGGACCCCUGAUUCCUGCGGCUUUUACCAAUGGAUACCAUUGAAAGUGUCUCAGCAGUAAUAUUUUACGUGGCGAGCGGUGUGGCGUCGCGUAACGUCCCGCGGCAGCCGCCGCACGACACGUCUCCUCGACCGGCACCCGCCCCUCCCCCCGCGCGCCAACCGGGCGCCCCCCCCCCCCCCCCCCCCCGCGUGCGCCGGCGACGGUCGUCUCAUCCGUCCGACCACCGCGCGGACCGAUCCGUCAACCGCAAACAUCACUACCCCCCCUCUUUCCUCCUUCCUUAAAUCCACCCCCUAUCCCGAGAAGACCCCGAGGAGACCCUGUCUAUUGUAAAUAAUAAUAAUCUACUUUUUAUCGUGUGAACGAGAGAUAGUCUAUUACUUAAACAGGUAUUUUUUCAAACUUUUCUCGCUUUCAACUGUACCGUAGAUGUGUUGUCAGAAUAUUAAAGGAUUAAACUACAAAAAAAUACAUUUCAUAAUUAUAUAAACAUGCAUCUAGACAGUUAAAUCGCAGGGAGAUAUAUCUUCACUAUUUUAUUGUUCAUAGUUAAAUUACAGUUUUAAGAUGUAACUUAAUGUCCCUCCACGCGCGCGGGACCUUCGUUUCUAGAUACAGAAUUACUUGGCAUGUACUAUAUAACGUCGCCCACCGAGCGCGUUUCACGGGUCACAAUUUUUUAGGAACAAGCUUUUGUAAUGAGUAGGAGUUUGAAAAUGAAGAGCAGUUAUGUAUGGAGGUUCUAACGUGUCGCAAGCAUGGCGGCGGCGUGCGUCGGCGCAGCGGGUCCGCAGCCCGGACGGCCACGUGACAAUAAGCGAGGCGCGCCGGCUCGACGCACGCGCACCACGCUCCUAGCUCGUCCACCAACACAUAUUUUAUUCUAUUUUUAAUAUUAAUGUCAAAUAUUAACAUAAUUAUUAUACUACUAUAUAUUACGCAUAUUUUACCUAUGAAUGUAAUUAUUUUUCGCCUAAUUCGAAUUGUAUAAAAUCACGUCUUUGAACCGCUGUUCCGUUUCAUGUAGUUAACAACAGUUUCUCGAUUACUUCUGUAUAAGACUAUGUUAGUUAUGAUAAAAUACUACGUAUACAUACUUUCUAAUAUUUAUGUAUUAUGAUAUAAAAUUUUAUCCUAAGGAUAAUAAUGAUCACAGACGGUUCAUAAGGACGGUCGGGAAGCUAAGUCGGAACAUUUCACAAUAUCUCUCAUCGCGUUAAGAUAAUAAUUCGUUUCUAUCUUGUACCUUUAAAAUUAGGUAUUGUAAUUAUAAUAAAUGACAAUUUUGUGCAUUACGUAA